ACACCAUGGAAAUUCAUAAGAACUUAGUAAUUAAAUUUUCAGCUUAAUCUCAAUAAACAGAUGUUUUACAGCACCGGCCUGUGUAAUGUUUGGUGCAAUAUCUUUUACAGCCAGCCAAAGAUCAUACACUGAGCCUUGAGUGUUUAUUAGUUGUUUGCAUAGGCAUUACCUCAGACAAGGGCAGGCUGUAAUGCUGGAGUUUCAUAAUUAGUCACAAAUAUAAAUACAAACCAAUUGUAGUGCUUCUCUUUCCGCACCCGUCAGCCAUCGGGAAGGACACGUGGAGACACGGAAGUCUGUUCAGGAAUUCAGAAGUUAGAGUUCCUGAGCUGUACAUCACUGUCAUAUAACAGCCUGGACAAGACAUGCAGAUCACCUUAUUGACAACUAUCAAGGACAAUAAGUAUUCUGCUCUGAGAAGUCUGGGGCACUUAACUGAUUCGCUUUGAAGGUGAUUGUCCGUAUGGCCAGAGGAGAACUACGAUGGUUAAAUCCAGUAAAAUGGAGGUAGAAGCAGGACUGUAGGAACAAUGGCCACUCUGUUCAGCCACCUCCUAUAGAUUCUGACCCCCUCCCAGCAGCACCAUGAACACCUCCUCUGCUCCUGAUAAUGUCACCCACGCCUUCAAUCACACUGUCGAUCCCCUGAAGGGUCACACUAUUUUGGAGGUAGUCGUGAUAAUCCUCAUCACUGGGCCUCUGUCCCUGGUCACCAUCAUCGGUAACUUGCUCGUCAUGAUUGCCUUUCGAGUCAACUGUCACUUGCGCACCGUCAACAACUACUUCCUGUUGAGCCUGGCUGUGGCCGACCUGAUCCUGGGGGCGAUUUCAAUGAACCUCUACACCACCUACAUCAUCAUGGACCGAUGGAUCCUGGGGAAUCUGGCCUGUGACAUCUGGCUGGCCAUAGACUACGUGGCCAGCAACGCCUCGGUCAUGAACCUGCUGGUCAUCAGCUUCGACCGCUUCCUCUCCGUCACCAGGCCGCUCACCUACCAGGCCAAGCGCACCCCCCGGCGGGCAGCCAUCAUGAUCAGCCUGGCCUGGGCCAUCUCCUUCGUGCUGUGGGCGCCCGCCAUCCUGUUCUGGCAGCACGUGGUCGGGAAGCGGACGGUGCCCAAGGACAAGUGCUCCAUCCAGUUUCUCUCGCAGCCCAUCAUCACCUUUGGGACGGCCAUCGCCGCCUUCUACCUCCCCGUCACCAUCAUGAUCAUCCUGUACUGGCGGGUGUACCGGGAGACGGAGAAGCGCACGCGGGAGCUGGCCGGGCUGCUGGGCUCGCCAGGGAGCGGAGCCUCGUCGCAGGGAUCCGGCCAACGGCCGGUCCCCUCCAGCAGCCCCAAGAGCAGCAGCAGCAGCUCCGGAGAGGCGGACACUGUGAACAGCCCCGAAAGGCGGGGGUGGCCCCUGUGUGACUGUUUUGCCCUCCGACAGAAAGUACCGAGACCGAUGAGGAGGAGAGGGCCAGACCAGCGGUUAUCGGCUUGCACUGAGCAGAGCUACCUGGAGGCCAACAGUAACGGCAGCUGGAACGUGGUGGGGGAUGAAGACUCCAGCUCCUCAUCAUUCAUGGGGGAGGAGCCGGAGCCAGAGCCGGCUGAGAGACAGAUAAAAAUCAUGGUUAGGCCUGCACCUCUGAUCCAGGUGACCGGUGCAUUCAGAGGGGCACAAAAAGACCUGGAAGGUUCUAGGGUCUCCAGAGUGAAAGACUCCAUAAGCAGCCAGUCGGGGAGCCAGUCCUCUCUCGGCCGAGCCAAACAGCUGUCCCCCAGCACUCCAAAUAGGCCGAAAACAAAGAAGAGGCGAAGCACAUCGCUCAUCAAGGAGAAGAAGGCCGCCAAGACCCUAAGCGCCAUCUUGCUGGCCUUCAUCCUGACCUGGACACCCUACAACAUCAUGGUGCUGGUGUCGACAUUCUGCAACGACUGUGUGCCCGACAAACUGUGGCAGCUGGGCUACUGGCUCUGCUACGUAAACAGCACAGUCAACCCCAUGUGCUAUGCCCUCUGCAACGAGUCCUUCCGGGUCACGUUCAAGAUGCUGCUUCUCUGUCGCUGGGACAAGAGGAAGUGGCGUCGGCCUCACCACAGUGCCCCGCCCUCCCACAGGCCACAUAAGUCCACCACCACAGUUUGAGCCCCCAAACUUCCAAUUACACAAAUGUCUAAUGCAAUUACUGAUGUGGCAGCAGGCUGGUAAAAUUACACAAUAUUCCAAAGUUAACAAGAACUGUUUACUCUACCCCCUAAAAACUGGAUUUUGCUUUUUUGUUUCAAAGUAAAGUUCACCUUCAUGCACACCCACUAACUUAAAGUUCUGGCUCCCUCUAGUCAGGAUAAAUGGCACAAACAAUUUGCGCAAGAAAAAUCAAAUAAUCAAAUGGCCUUGUUAUUUUCUAUGCAUAUUCACUGAGAGCAGAAUGAGCGAUGACCUUUUCUGUAUGCAUUUAAUGGUAACCACCAUGAGUUAGCUGUCCUCAAACAGCUUUGGACUGAAGUUUGAGGAUGGUCAUUCAGGGCGUGGUCAAUUGUGUCACCACAGUAGGUGCGAUUUUGUGGUUGACUUACAGAUUGCAAAAAAAUAAAGUUGUAUGUGUCUGUGGUGUGAACAUAUAUGUGGCAACUUUAUUUAAUUAUAAGGAUAAUUCAAGAGCCAUGAGAAAAUUAUGAACAGGGUAUGCCCAUGUGUUGAGAAUUCAAUAUAUAGACUUGCACAGCCAUUUAGAGGCUUUUUGAACUCUUCUCUCCCCCUUUCCAAGACAAACCACUGCCACAUUUGAUAAACUUGAGGAAAAUAUCAAAACACAGUCUAAACAUUGCAGAUGAUUCAUACAUUGCAUGAAGUUCCGAAUUCUUUUCAAGUCAUGCUCUGUCCAAAUAAAGAAAUUCUGGCCGAGAA